AUGCAGACCGAUGAGAACUCAAAGAAUCCGCACUGGCGCGCGAUCGGGUACAGCCCGUCCCUGGCCGACGACGAACCGGCCCCGGCGGAACCAGAGCGUCACGAGAAGCGUCCCCUCGACGACGGCAUCGUGGAGACGACCAAGGAGAACGACGCGUCCCUGCCCGCGUUGCUAGCCGAGAAGGGCCUCACGGUGGCCGAUGACGCGGCGCGGAACGUGUCUAGCGUCGAGUGCGACGUUGUCAUCGUCGGUUCCGGCUGCGGCGGGGGCGUGGCGGCAGCGGUGCUCAUCGAGAAGGGAAACUACUUCACGGCGCGGGAUUACACGGCCGUCGAGGCGCCGUCGAUGGAGCAGCUCUACGAGGGCGGAGGGUUCGUCAGCACGCUCAGCGACACCGUGCUACUCCUGGCAGGCUCGACGGUCGGCGGCGGCACGGCCGUGAACUGGUCAGCCUGCAUCAAGACCCCCGACGACGUUCGCGGGGAGUGGGCGCGCGAGCAGGGGCUCCCGUUGUUCGCCACCGACGAGUACGCCGCCGCCAUGGACAAGGUGUUCGAGCGGCUCGGCGUGACGGCCGGGUGCGCGGAGGAGGGGCUCCAGAACAAGGUCCUCCACAAGGGGUGCGAGAAUCUCGGGUACAAGGUGGAGUCGGUGUCGAGGAACUCGUCGGAGGGGCACUACUGCGGCAGCUGUGGUUACGGCUGCCGCACCGGCGACAAGCGCGGCACGGACAGUACAUGGUUGGUCGACGCGGUGAGCCGUGGCGCGGUGAUCCUGACGGGGUGCAAGGCCGAGAAGCUGCUGCUGGAGCGUACCGGCACUGGCGGCGCGGGCGGAAGGACGAAGCGAUGCGUCGGCGUGGUGGCGAGGAGCACCAACCCGGCGAUCACGAGGACGCUGGAGGUGCGCGCCAGGGCGGCCGUCUCGGCGUGCGGGUCGCUCCUGACGCCGGUUCUGCUGCGCAGGAGCGGGCUCAGCAACCGGCACAUCGGCAAGAACCUCCACCUCCACCCGACGGCCCUGGUGUGGGGCUACUUCCCGGACACCAUGCCGGACCUCAAGGACAAGAUGUAUGAUGGCGGCAUCAUCACGUCCCUCCACAAGGUGGAAGGCGUUCCGGGCGCGCCGGCCGGCGCCAUCCUCGAGACGCCAGCGAUGGGCCUGGCCGGCGCGGGGACGCAGUUCCCCUGGGUGUCCGGGAGCGACAUGAAGGAGCGGAUGCUCAGGUACGGCCGCACGGUGCACCUCUUCUCCAUGGUGAGGGACCUCGGUUCGGGCACGGUGUACGGCGAGCGUCGGGUGGUGUACCACCUGGACGCCACGGACCGGGAGAACAUGCGCGAGGGCCUGCGCCGCGGGCUGCGCGUCCUGGCCGCUGCGGGCGCGGCGGAGAUCGGCACCCACCGCAGCGACGGGCAGCGGUUCGCGUGCAGGGGCGCCACGGAGGCCACGCUGGAGGAGUUCCUGGACGGCGUGGACGUGGUGCGCGGGCCCCAGUCCAACGCCGAGGCGUGGAGCCUGUGCUGCACGGCGCACCAGAUGGGCAGCUGCCGGAUGGGCGCCACGGCCCGGAACGGCGCCGUGGACGCGCGCGGCGAGAGCUGGGAGGCCGAGAACCUGUACGUGUGCGACGGCAGCGUCCUGCCCAGCGCCGUGGGCGUCAACCCCAUGGUCACCAUCCAGUCCGUGGCCUACUGCCUCGCCACGGGCAUCGCCGAGUCGCUCAGGCGCGGCUCGGUUCCUGAAAAGAUCUAG